AUGAAAAAUAUAACAUUUACUUUUAUUGAACAAUCAAAUAAAUUUAAUAUUAAUAUUCAACCUCAAUCCAUGUGUUUUAAUGAUUUAAGUGAAUUACGUGAUCGUGCAAGAUUAAUUGAAUAUUCAACAAAUAAUAAUAAUAAAUAUCUUAUUGAUUCUGAAUGUGAUAUAAAUGUACUACGUUCAUUUGUUACAUUUGUUGAAAUAGUUGAAAAAAUUUUGAAGAAUUUCUUUUCAUUAAAUAUUGCUGGUCAUCCAUCGAUUAUUGAUUAUCUUUCACCAAAUAAAUCUUUUACAUGUAUUAAUAGUGAUUAUCAAGAAUUAAUUAAAUUUAGUUUAAAACUUGAUGAUCUUCUUGAUGAUUGGGAAAUACAUUUAUGUCAAAUGUAUGAAAAACAUAUUGAUUUAACUUAUUUUUCAUAUCAACAAAUAUGGAUUAUUGAAGAUUAUUUAUAUAAUCAUAUUCAACCAUUAAAAACAAAUCAUCCGGGUUAUCAUUUAUUAAAAUAUAUUAAUAUUGAACCGAAUACAAUACAAAAUGAAUAUUUACCAGUGAAAAGUAUUGAUCCAACGGAACGUUUAGAAAAUAUUGGAAAAAUUUUAUCAGCACAACGAUUAAAAACGGAUAUAAUAUUUAAAGAAGAAAAUCGUCAAAAUAAAAAAGUUUAUUUAGUUGAAACAUCUGAUGAAGGUAUUUUACGAGCAAUACUUUCAAUAUUUCAAAAUCUUCAAACAACAUUUACUGUUAAUCAUCUAUUUUAUUGUACAGAUGAAACAAGUUGGAUGGAAAUUCGUGCAUUUACUUAUCGUUGUUUUUAUUCCCAAACAUUACAUCAAUUAAUUCGACCAGAAUUAUUAUCAUCAUCAAUUCAUGAUCAAUUUACACGUUUAUUAAAACAAUUAAUUGAACAAUAUUCUCAACAUUAUUUUCGUUUAGCUAUCAUAACAACUAUUUCAAAUACACAUUUACAAUUAAUUAAUUCUUUAAGAACAUUACAAAUUGUUCAAACUAUUCAUGAUCAAGAUAUGUUAAAUAAAAGCGAUUUAAAACAAAUUAUUCAACAGCUUAUUAAUGAAAAUUGUACUUUAGUUACAUCAACAAUUAAUGGUUUAGGUAAAACAUAUUUAAUCAAAAAUGAAAUACGUAAGAAAAACAAAAAAUAUAUUAAAUUUCCUAUUAGAGGAGAUAUUGAUGUUGAUAAUAUUGCAAAACGUUUACUUGAUUAUGGAGAUGAAUUAAUAUCAUUAAAUGCAGCUUUACAUAUUGAUAUUGGAACAAUUAAUAAUGUAAAACAACUCAAUGAACUUAUUUACUGUCUAUUACUUUUUCGAAGUUUUCGUCUUAAACAAAUUGCUGUAUAUGUACCUAGUGAUGUACCUAUUUAUAUUGAACUUGAUUCAUCACCUUCGUCAAUAAAUGGUCAAGAAAAAAUUGUUUUAUUUCAAUUUAUGAAUUCUAAACAUAUUGAUUCUAUAGAUUGGGAUGGGUUUGAAAUUUACAAUCCACCAGCUAUUCAUUUAGUUGUUAAUUAUCUUCAAGCAAUAAAAGAUAAAACAAUUCUUGCACGACAUAUAACUGAAGACAAUGUACCUUAUUUUGAUACAUCAACUUGUAUUAAUUUAUUAAAAGAAUCAUUUUUACAAGAUAAAAAUCCUGAAUUUAUAACAUGGACACAAUUAUCAAUAUUUAUAUCUGUUUAUUAUAAUUUAUUUGCUGGUUUUUCACGUUGUGGUUACUUUCUUAUUGAUGCAUUACCAGAUCCUCAAUUACGUUUAGAUAUUCUUCAAAGUCUACUUCAAUCAUCGAAUCAAUUUACUUCAUUAUGUGUUGAAAAUGUUCGUAAAAAUCAACGGUCUGUUCAUAAAAAUGAACCAACAAUUACAUUCAGUGAUGCAAUUGUUCGUUGGGAUAAAACUCAACCAUUUACGAUUGUUUUUUCUGCAACUGAUAAUCCAAUAUUUGUUUAUAAAAAACCCACUGAUGUUCCAUCUACACUUGUUGAAACCUAUAAAUUAUAUCAUGAAAUAAUAACACAACAACGAAAUUCACAAUUAAAUGAUAUUUUUCCUGACUAUCAUUAUUUUACACAUACACAAUUCUUUUUAAAACUUGUUUUAUUAUCAAAAAAAUAUUUCAAUAAAUCAAUUUGUCUUAAAUGUUAUGGACAAUUUGAAUAUGAACGAAUAUGUUGUUAUAAAUGUGAAACAAAUGAAACUUUAGUGCGCUCUAAUUCUUUACAAACUGAAGAUAUAAUUAAAUUUCAAGAAUCGAUUGCUAGAAAAAUUCAAGAUGAAUAUGUCUUAACACCAGAUAAUUAUAUUAAAAUGUUAUUAAUUUAUUUACGUGUACAAAGUGGACUUCCUGUAUUAAUAAUGGGUGAAACAGGAUGUGGUAAAACAGCAUUAAUACAAUUUUUAUGUCAAAAAAUUCUUGAUGAUGAAAUGGAAAUAUUUCGUAUACAUGCAGGUGUUACAAGUGAACAAAUAAUAAGAAAAUUUCAUAAAUUUUCUCAACGAGCUCAUGAAUGUCUUCAACAAGAUAAACGAUUAUGGGUUUUUCUUGAUGAAUUUAAUACAACACCAAAUAUUGAUUUAAUUAAAGAAUUAACUUGUGAACGAACAUUACUUGGUAAAUCAUUGCCAGGUAAUAUGGUAUUAUUAGGUGCAUGUAAUCCUCAACGAAGUAAAGCAUAUAAAGAAAAUAUGGAUAAUCAUAUUGGUAUUAAAAAAGAUGCUUAUGAAAUGCAACGUUUAAAAGAUACGUGUGGUAUUUCACUUUUAUAUACAGUUGUAUCAAUACCAGAAACUAUGCUUGAAUAUAUUUGGGAUUAUGGUUAUCUUGAUGAUGCUAUUGAAGUUGAAUAUAUUCGAACAAUGUUAAAUACAUGUGAAGAAUUAACGAAAGAUAAAAUUUGGUUUGAACUUACUGUAAAAAUUAUAUCAAAAUCACAUGAAUUUUUUCGUGAUUUGGAAGAUAUUAGUAGUGUAUCAUUACGUGAUGUGGCACGAUUUUGUCGUCUUUAUAAUUGGUUUCGAAAAUCAAUUAUUGAACGUGAAGGAGAUGAAAAAUUUUCUAAUAAUUCAUCGACUCUUCUUCGACGUUCAAGUUUAAUAGCUCUUCUUCUUUGUUAUUAUUUUCGUCUCAAUUCAUCGAAAGAUCGAAAAAAUUAUAUAAAUCUAAUGGAAGAAAAUCUUAAAGGUGUACUAUCAACUCGAUCAAAUAUUCCAAAUUAUUUAAUGACAUUUCUUGAUGUGGAACAAAAAAAAUUAAUUGAACGAAUGAUAUUACCACCUGGAACAGCAAAAAAUCGUGCACUUCUAGAUAAUAUAUUUGUUUUACUUGUAUGUAUUGUAAAUCGUAUUCCUGUUAUUAUUUGUGGUAAACCAGGUUGUAGUAAAACAUCAGCAGUACAAAUUGUAUUAAGUAAUUUAAAAGGAAAGAAAUCAUCGGAUGAAUAUUUUCAAAAAUUACCUGAAUUAAUAACAGUUUCAUAUCAAGGUUCACAAAAUUGUACAUCAGAAAGUAUUAUUAAAGUAUUUCAACGUGCAGAUAAAUAUUUAAAUGUUGAAUCUGAUGCAAAUAUUUUACCAGUUAUUGUUUUCGAUGAAAUUGGCUUAGCAGAAUUAUCUCCACAUAAUCCAUUGAAAGUUUUACAUAGUAAACUUGAAGUUGAAACAUGUCAAUAUGGUUUUGUUGGUUUAUCAAAUUGGCGUCUUGAUGCAUCAAAAAUGAAUCGUGCUUUAUAUUUAUCAUGUCCUGAUCCUACAAUAGUAGAUUUAAAAUUAACAGCAAAAACUAUAUCAGAUGCUCUUGUUCCAUCUGAAGGUCAAAUAUAUCGAAUAGAUCCAUUAAUUAUUGAAGCACUUGCUGUUUCUUAUCAUAAAUUAUAUGAAUUCUUUACAAUACAACAAGAACAACAGAAAUAUUCAAAUUAUUUUGGUUUAAGAGAUUUUUAUUCAUUAAUUAAAGGUGUUGUUAAUGAUUUAGUUAAAAUAAACGAUGAAUAUGAAGCAUAUGAAUGUAUUCGUCGACAAUUAAUUAUUAAUUUUGAUGGUAUUUAUGAUGCUUCACAGUUUAUGUGGAAUCGUUUUUGUGAGCAUAAACGUAGUGAACAUUUAAUUAAUCAAUAUAAAUCUCCUACAUUUAAACAAUUACUUGAUCAAAGAUUAACAUCACGUCAAGGACGUUAUUUAAUGUUAAUUGCUGAAAAUGAAAGUGUUAUUGAUUAUGUUGAAAGAUAUAUUAUUGUUAAACAUCAACCACCAUCUGUACGAACAUUAAUUGGUAGUUGUUUUUCAGGAGAUUUAAUAUCCGGUCGAACUUAUACUGAACAAUAUAAUUACCGUGUACUGAUGGAUAUAAUUUUGUAUGCUGAAACAAAUGUAACAUUAGUUAUGCGUCGUAUGGGUCAUUUAUAUGAUAAUUUAUAUGAUUUAUUUAAUCAAAAUUUUGCAAUAUCAGGAAAGAAAAAAUAUUGUCGAAUUGCACUCGGUGCUUUAUAUCAUCCACGUUGUCUUGUUAAUGAAGAUUUUUAUUGUGUUGUAUUUAUACGAAAAGACGAUUUAAUGAAAUGUGAUCCACCAUUUCUUAAUCGUUUUGAAAAACAUAUUAUUAAUAUGGAAUCUUUAGUUCAUCAACGUCACUGGUCUAUUACAAAUAAUAUUCUUACUGAACUUAUGAAUUUAUUACCAACAAAUAUAAAUAAACAUUUUCCACUUUUACAACAUUUAUUUGUUGAUUAUAGUAAUGAUUAUAUAUGUAAUUUAGUUAUUGAUACAUUUAAUGAUUUAAAACUUUCAAUUGAUGAUGAAAAUAAUACAUUAGAUAUAGUAAAUUUUUGUAAAAAUAAAUUACUUCAUACAAGUUCAUUUGAUUUACCAUUAAUAUUAUCAUUACAAUCAAAUCAAUGUCAUCCACUUAUUGAUCAAUAUUAUGAUAUACAUACAAAUUUAACAUUUCAAACUGUUAUUAAUCAAGCAUUAAAUGAAAUAAUAUUACCGAAUCAAAUUAUAUAUACAUAUACACAAGUUUAUCAUACAAUUAAUUGUAAUUCCGAGGAUAUUGAUAUAAUUAAAUUAAGUAUGUUUAAAACAGAACUUGAAUUAACAAAUCAAAUCAAACAACAUUAUCAAAAACAAAAUCAUAAACGUUUAUUAAUUAUACGUGUUGAUUAUCAUCAAGAACAUGAACAUAUUUUAUUAUUAAAACAUAUUUUACUUAAUUCAAAAAUUCAACCAAGUAAUCGAAGUGUUUGGUUAAUAUUUCAUCUUCAACGUAAUAUGCUUAAUCAAACAAUAAAUGAAGUUUUAUUUAAUGGUUGGUCAACAUUAAUGAUUAAUGAUUUAAAUGAAAAUAAAUUAAUACCAAAAAAUAUUUUACUUAAUCCAUCAUAUAUUGAUUUGAUUACUCAUCCAUAUUUUCUUAUAUCUGAAUGUUUAUUAGAUGAAUUGAUUGAUCGAUGUUUAACUAAAUUUCGUUAUAUUGUUUCACAUAAAAAUUUAAUACCACAAAUAAAUAUUCGACGAAAUCAAAUUAUUGAACAUUUAACUACAACUGUUCAGUCUCAAUCAUUACGUUCAAUAAUUCAAGAACAUCUAUUUAAGCUAAUUGAAAAAAUAACAGUUCCACGAUUUUCAGAUUGGCGUCAAGAUUUAUUAACUAAUGGUAUAUUAAUUGGUACAUGUCGUUCAUUUAAUGAUGCAUUACAAUCAAUUAUUUCUAUAUUUUAUGAAAAUUAUCUUUUAUUAUUAUUUUCACAUUUAGAAAAAUCUUCAUUUAUUGAUUCAUUUUUAUUUCUAUGUAAAACUCCAACAAAUUAUUUAUUAAAUAAAAUUUGGUUUGAUUGUUUAAAAUCAACACUUAAAACAAUUGACACAACAAUAAUAAAUGUUGAUAUUAUUGAAAUGCCAUUAUUUUUUAAUUUACAUUUACCAUGUGCAAAAACUGAAUAUGAAACAAUACGUUUAAUUCGUCAAACAAUUUCACAACGUCGUGAUGAUAAUAAUAUGAAUGAAGAAGAUUUAAUUCAUUUUGCUAUUAAACAAUUACGUACAAAAAGUAUAUAUGGUUCAAAUAUUGAUACAAUUUUAGAUGAUAAUAAUUUAUUUCAAUAUUAUUAUUAUGAUCAAUUAAUACUUGCACAAGAUGAAGCAAAAAUUUAUCAAUUAUCUUCACCAUUUAUUCAAUGUUUAAUUAUGUCAAACUCAAUACGAUCUAUAAAUGAUCGAUUAAAACAUUUACUUAUAGAUUAUAAUGAACUAUUUGAUAUAUUAAGAUUAUUUGAAAUUAGUACAAAAUUAAUUAAUGAAAAUGAUUUUCUUAAUAAAUUAUUUCAUCAACAAUUUCUUAUAUUAAAUAAUAAUGAUUCAACAUUAAUUAAAAAUGAUAGUACAUUUUAUAAACUUGUUUUAACAAAUGAAGAUUUUUACUUAAUUUCACCAAAAUCAGAAGUAUCUACUGAUGAUAUAUUUUCAUGCGAAGGUGAUCCAUUUAUUGAAGUUAGUUUAAUGAAUUUAAUUGAACUUCUUGUUUCUCAAUCUGUUAUUGAUCAUGUUGAUAAUAUUGAACAAUUAACAGUAACAUAUAGUCUUGUUGCUCAAAGUAUACUUAACUUACGAAAUUAUUCAGUUAAUAAUCUUGAAAAAUUACGUUCAUUUAUAAGUCUUAUUCGUUGUAUAACAACGCUUAUAUCAACUAAUAAAGCAUUGGAUGUAUUUAAACAAGCAUGCUGUGAUGCUUCAUUUAAUGCAACAUUUGAAAAAUGUGAUGAUAUACAUAGCUUUAUCAAUCGUUUACAAGAAAUUAUAAGUGAAAAUGAACCAAAUACAAAUGAAAUAGUUAUUCAACGAACAUUACUAAAACUUGAAAGUGAAUUUUUAAAAAAUUGGCUUGUUGAUCAUGGUGAUGAAUAUUUAAAUAUAAUUACACUAAUGAGUAAAUCUGAUAAUAAUCUUUGGCAAUAUUCAGCUAAAAUUUUUACUUAUAUCGAUCGAAAACUUCAAUUAUUACCAAUGAUUAAAGAUUUUAAUGGACAAUUACCAUCAAUUGAAGAUUAUCUAGAACUUAAUGAAAAUUUACAAGAAUUAACAAAUCAAUAUCAACAAUUCGAUGAACAUUUACGACAAUUAAAUGAUUCGUCAAGAAAAAUUGAACAUAUUAUGGUAACUCGUAUUCAUAUGCAUCUUAUUUUAACUAUGAAUAAUAAAGAAAUUAUUGAAGAUAUUCUUGAAAAACAUUUUGUUCAAUUUGAAGAAAAUCUACGUGAAAUACAAAAUACACAAAAAAAUUAUGGUACAACAUUAAUUAGUUUAAUUUCAUGGUUAAAAUAUUAUUCACAACUUUAUGCUUAUAUACUUAUUAAUGAUAGUCAUCAUACAAUAUUAGAAGAUAUUGAUAAAUUACUUACACGUGAUGAUUUUCUAUUUUGUUCAACAAUUAAAUUGUUUAUUAUUAAACAAUUAUGUCAAAUGUCAAAUAUUACAUUAGAUAAUUUACGUGAUAUUAUUUUUAAUCGAAAUGUUACUUGGAUGAAACCAAUGCUUGCAUUAUUUAGUGGUCAAAAAACACAAGAAGCUCGAAAAUUACUUAUUUUACCAACACCUUUAUUUGAAUGUCGUGAAGAAUUUCUUCGAGUUGAUAAUAUUCUUACACAUAAUGUUGAUAUAAAGAAAAUUCGAGAAUUAAUUACUCAAUGUAAAACAAAUCAAAAUACAUUUUAUUGUUUUAUUAUUUGGUUUAUUCAUUAUUAUACACAAUUUUAUAUCAAUGAAAAUGCUCCAGUAAAUAGUUAUUAUCAACAAUUAAUUGAAAAAGAUCUUAGUAAAGAAAUCAUUGAUUGUUUUGAACGUAUUGGAUAUAAAUUACUUGUUUUCUUAUGUACAAAUUUUAAUAAUUUAACUUAUUUUCGUUUACAUUCAACUAUGACAAAUGAUGAUGUUCAUCAACGUUUAGUUGUAUUGAAUAUUAUUGCUUUAUUACUUUCAUUAAAAACUUCACAAUAUACAUCUCAUCUAAGUAGUCUUCUAUUUGAUGGAAAUUUGAAGAUGCCAGAAAAUUAUACCGAACAUCUACAAUCAUCAGUUUGUUUACCUGGACUUUUAUCAAGUAGUCCAAUUAUUACACAAAUGAUUGAUGUACGUACAACUGUAAAAGAACGUUUAGAUCAAGGUCAAAUACAUGAACCAGGAAAAUUUGUUUAUCGUUGUUCAGAAGAUUGUUUAUGGAUGUAUUUUUUUAUUAAUUGUGGUGUACCUGUUGAUCAUAGUCAAUGUCCAUUAUGUAGAAGGGAUAUUGGUGCAGCACAAUAUGGUAUUCUUAUUGAACGUAAUCCUCCUCAAAUUCGCCUAACUAUCGACGAAGGUUUUCAAUUUAUUAAUAAUCAUAUUGAACAAUAUAAUAAAAUUCCUCGAUAUGGUUAUCAUAAUUUAACACCAGCUAUUCAAAGUAAUCAAAAUGAAAAACCUGAUCAUUUAAAUCGAUCAAUUUCAUAUCGUUUUAUGCAUAUGAUAACACAUGCAACAUUACUUUUUCUCGAUGAAUUAUCUCUUUUAACAAAUUUCGGACUCGUAAAUCCUUUACAUUUUAAAGAACAUUUUGAAAAAGAUUAUUCACUUUUACAUCAACAAACAACCGAUAAUGAACAAUGUUAUAUAUGGUUAUAUAAAUUAAUCAAUCAUAUGUUAAAUAAAGAUUUUGUACUUAGAGGUUUUAUGAACACAAACGACAAAGUUAUACAAUUAGAAAAAGUUCUUGAAGAAAAACUUAUUUUUAAUCAUAUUGAUUCUAUUGCUAAUGAAAUAAAUCAAUAUAAAAUUGCAUAUGCUGAAUAUAUUCGAGAGCAAAAUACUGAAACAAUAUUUAUUGAUUUUAUUGAUGAAAUAUUUCAAGAUGAAACGAAAUAUCCGUUAUUAAAUUUUUUUAAUAUUACAAAUAUUUAUACAUCAAAUCCUAUUAAUGAAUUUCGUAUAAGACUUCAAACAAUACCUUAUGGUGAUACAACUUAUCCCGUAACAACAUUUCUUAUGAAACGAUUAAAUGAUUAUACGAAUAUUCAAUAUCUUUAUUCUAUUGUUCAAUUUACAAAUUAUCUUAUUGAAAAAUUUAAUCAUCGUAUUAAACGUAAUGAUGCAGCAGAAACAUCAAUUUCAUAUUAUUUAACACAUGGUUCAGAUUGUGAAAUCAUAUCUCAACUCUAUCAAGAAUUUCUUCAUGCUUGGUAUAAACUUAAUUUUGAUGAAGUACGUUAUGGUUGUCAAACAGCAAAAUUUGAAUUAUCAUCAUCAUCUGAAGAAGAUUUUGCUACGAAUACAAAAAUUGCUAUGGUAUUAUUAAAUACAACAAAAGAUGAUAGUAGUAUAUUAUUAGCCGGAUGUUUACGAACCAUAGGUGAAUUACAAAAUGAAAUCGUUCAUUUCUUUCAUAAUAGAAUAAUAAAUGAUGCUGAAACUAGUCGUUAUCGAGAAAACGUCAUACCAAUUCAAUCGAUUCGACCUGAACAUAUUCUUCAUCUUGAUGAAAAUAUAAUAAGUAGAAAAUUAAUAACUGAUGGAUUUACAAUAAAUUAUCAUUAUGGUAAAAGUAAAGAUAUUAUUUAUGAUUAUGAAGAAAUUGAGUUGACUUUAAGAAAUAUGAUUGGUUGUUUACCAUUAAUCGAUACGGAAAAAUUACGUUUUCUUAAUUAUCAAUUUGAACUUUAUAGUGAAAAUACAUCGUUAAUAAAUGAUGUUCGUGCACGUAUAAAACAAGAAUUUUUAAAAGAAAAUGAGAGAAUAAAAUUAAAAAACUUAAUUAAUGGUAUGCAAAAUGAUGAUAUGCUUCAUUAUUUUGGUUCUCUUGAUUAUGUAUUUACAUAUUUACGUAAUAUUGAUGAUGAAAUAACAAAUGAAGCAAUAACAAUACAAUUAUUUGUUGAAAAAUAUAUACGUUCAAGUGCUUGUCUUAAUGAUAAUGUUCUUCAACGUCCACCAUUUGCAACAAUUCAUCUUAAAUAUAUUAUUGAUCUAUAUGAAUUAAUUGAAGAAAGUGUAUUUGAUCAAGUUCUACGUCAUUAUAUAAAACAAAAUUUAACUGAAGAAUCAUUUUCAAUUGAUCAACGAAAAACUUUAACUAAACAAUUUAGUGAUAUGACAUAUAGAAAGCCAAAUAUUUCAAUUUCACUUCAAAAUAUUCAUGUAUGGAUUGGUAUACUAAAACGUUUAAUGGUACGUGUUUUAUCCAAUGUUAAUGUUAGUCUUGAUGUUCCUAUACAAAUUUAUCUUGAACGAACUGAUCUAUGGACUGGUAAUAUAACCGAAGCUGAUAUACAAACAUUUGAAGUUCAUGAUGAAAUACUCUUACAACAUACUUAUGUUAUUUUGAAAGGUUUAGAAAAUGAACAAGAUAAAUCCUUAUCAACUAAUGAUAAAUGUACAAAUAUUGAACAACCAACAAUACUUAAAAAUGUAUUGCAAACUUCUGAUUCACAAUUAUUAAAAGCAAAGACAUGGCAUAAUGAUAGUAUUAGUAAUGCAACUACGAUGACAAGAGUUAUUAAAAGUGAGAAAAAUACUGGAAAGAAGAUGCGUGUCUAA